UUACAGUAGAAUCUAACACUUUACCCAAUUACUCGCAUUAUGGAUAUCAAGCAUGGACAACGAAUUCGUUUACGUGGUGGGUCAAAUGUGGCUGAUAAAUUACUCAAAGCAUUGGAAAACACUGUUGUUAAGGAAGAAUUCGUUUUCGGUGAUAUAUCUGUGGCUGUUACUCGUGAUCAUAUCCUUUCAUCACAGUGCCACCAUCCGGAAACAAUGAAUAACUACUGGGGACAAUGUCAGGUUUGCGAAUACACUCAUAUGUUAAAACUACCGCAUUUACCGGAUAUGAUAUUUCCGAAUAAUUCGGUGGUUAUUACAUAUCCGGAUGAGCCAGAAAUACGAAUCAGUUUCAAUGCCUUAGAUGCCUUAAAAUCCGUUGACGUCACUUCAUAUCCUGACGUGGAGGUUGGACCGAGCAAGAAAUGGCAGCGAUCGAGAAGUGAUGUGAAUCGUUUACGAGGAAGCAGCCAACCGUUCGAUUGGACCUACACAAGUAAUUACAAAGGAACUGUGGAAGGAUACACGGUGGCAUCAACUAAGGAAACGAUUUCAAUAGAAACACUGAAACGUCGUGAUCCGAUUAGUUUUUAUUCACAACUGACACUUUAUGAAGAUGAAUUAGCUGAUCACGGAUCUUCCGAGAUGAGCAUACGUUUGCGGGCCAUGCCAACCUGUUUAUUUCUUCUCUGUCGUUUUUAUCUUCGAAUCGAUGGUGUUUUGGUUCGCAUUUGUGACACGAGACUUUAUAAGGAGCUUGAUUCAGACACAUUUUUGAGACAGUGGACACGUCGUGAACUGAAAUUGGCCAAUUCAUCACCGCUGGUACGAAGCAAUGUCUUGGAUCCAGAUGUUAUUUAUGACUACUUGCCAAUUGUGGAAGAAGAAAUGACAAAACUAAUCCCAAUACGAUGUUGUACUUGACAAAUGUAGUUAUCUUUAUCUUUUUUUUUACUUUGUUUUCUACUGUCAUCUAUCUAAUUAGUUCAACUGUAUAUGUAAUGAGGACGCGUGAAAGUUUUUAAUAUGUGUACAUUAGUUAUUUUUCAUACCCAUUUCUUACUCAAAAUUGGUAAUUCUUUUUG